UCCUGUGGACUGUAUCCUGUAUAUAGGUGCGGUGCCUUCACUCAUCUCCUCGCCUGGAGGAAGAAGCCAAGACACUUGGUUAGGUCGAGAGCUCACUGCUGCGCCUGUGCGUGCUCCUUGAUCGAAUCGAGCCGAGGCCGUCGGAGUCCAGCCCGAGGGAUGGCAACUGGGAGUGAAGCCACGAAGCCAGCUGAGGCUGUGCUUGAAUGGAACAAACAGGACAACAAGAGGAUGCUUCAUGCUGUUUACCGUGUCGGGGAUCUGGACCGCACAAUCAAGUACUACACGGAAUGCUUUGGGAUGAAGCUGCUGAGGAAAAGAGACGUUCCUGAUGAGAAGUACACCAAUGCCUUCCUUGGGUUUGGACCAGAGAACACCAACUUUGCGCUUGAAUUGACAUACAACUAUGGCGUCGACAAGUAUGACAUCGGAGAGGGCUUUGGGCAUUUCGCUAUCGCUAAUGAGGAUGUGUACAAGUUGGCUGAGAAUAUUAAAUCCAAGGGUGGCAAGAUUACUCGUGAACCUGGUCCUGUCAAGGGAGGAUCCACUGUUAUUGCCUUUGCAGAAGACCCUGAUGGUUACCUGUUUGAGCUUAUUCAGAGGGCUGAGACACCUGAGCCUCUUUGCCAAGUCAUGCUUCGUGUUGGUGACCUUGAGCGUUCAAUCAAGUUCUAUGAGAAGGCCCUUGGGAUGAAGCUCCUACGAAAGAAGGAUGUGCCUGAUUAUAAGUAUACCAUUGCCAUGUUGGGCUACGCUGAUGAGGACAAGACAACCGUUCUGGAGCUGACGUACAACUAUGGUCGCACAGAAUAUAGCAAGGGCAAUGCAUAUGCUCAGGUUGCUAUUGGCACCAAUGAUGUGUACAAGAGUGCUGAGGCUGUUGAUCUUGCAACGAAAGAACUAGGUGGAAAGAUUUUGCGGCAGCCAGGGCCGCUGCCUGGGAUCAACACAAAGAUCGCCUCUUUUGUUGACCCAGAUGGCUGGAAAGUGGUUCUGGUUGACCACGCCGACUUCCUCAAGGAACUCCAGUGAAGCCCAGACACCCAGGUGCCAUGCUAGAUGUAGUAUUGCUUGUCCGUGAUGUAAUAAAUGGUGGUUGGUGCUUGGGUUUGUUCCUGCCAUGAUGAACUGAAAAUAAAACUGCUGCAGAGUUGUGCUUUUGCUAGUGAGGAUUGGGGUUGGCUAUGUGGUUCUGCCUGUUACUAGUAUGCAAUUGCUACCUGUAGCAAUCUGUCUAUUACACUGGAUCAGUUCGCAUGGUUGAAUGGUGUUGGUUCACUGAUA